ACUUGUCUGAAUGGGGGUUUCCAACUAACAUGGAGCCGCUCAUUUAAACAGUCUUAACCUAUCUUGACGAACGACAGUGCGCCGACUGUACUUGCCAAUACGAACUACACGCGUGCGGGAUUUAGUUUGUUUACAUUUUAAACUAAACUGAAGAUUUAUGAAAAUUUUCGUGAUAUGACUAUAAAUUAGAGUUUUGUAUGUGCGGAACAGUGAAAUUAGUGAAUGUAGAAGUGGAAAAUAAUGCCAAAAUGAAUUUUAAACAUAGAAAAUGUUUGCAGACAUUGUGUUGUGCUGUUUUAUUAGCUUAUAGUACUCUUUUAUUGUAUCAAGUUAUAGGGGAUGGAAACGCUGACGUUCAGAAUAAGAUAUCUGUCAAUGAACGAAUUGAUCCUAAACUGUAUUACCACGACCGAAACCUCGCGGAAGACCGAUCUCAAGUUGAUUACGAACGCCCACAGGAAGUUGUCACUGAAAUACCGACCGCUACCGCUACGGCCAAACCCCCUUCAGCAACUCUUCAAGACAUAUUUAUUAGUGUAAAGACUACGAAAACGUACCAUAAUAAAAGGUUGCCCAUCAUUUUGAAGACAUGGUUUCAACUCGCCAGAAAACAGACAUGGUUCUUCACUGAUACCGAUGAUAUGGAGUUCCAGACGAAAACUAACGGCCACAUGAUCAAUACGAAUUGUUCUUCAUCUCACAGCAGAAAAGCCUUAUGUUGCAAAAUGUCAGUGGAGUUCGAUACCUUUCUAAAAACGGAUAAAAAAUGGUUCUGUCACUUCGAUGAUGAUAAUUACGUUAACGUUCCGAGACUGGUACGAUUCUUAGGGGAUUACAAUCCGAGAGAUGAAUGGUAUUUGGGAAAACCCAGCAUUCAAGCUCCACUUGAAAUAGUGAAAAAAGAGAAAAAAGUUGUGAGAAAAAUAAAAUUUUGGUUCGCGACAGGUGGGGCAGGAUUCUGUCUGAGUAGGGCGUUGGCUGUGAAAAUGAAGCCGUUUGCUAGUGAAGGCAGGUUCAUCAGCACCGGCGAAAGAAUACGCCUACCUGAUGACGUAACUAUGGGAUACAUAAUUGAACACCUUCUCAAACAGCCGCUCACUGUCAUCGAUCAAUUUCAUUCACAUCUCGAGCCAAUGAAGUUUAUCAGAAGAGAUAUGAUCGAGGAUCAGAUAUCAUUUAGCUACGCCAAAUCUAAAGAUGAGUGGAAUGUAAUCAGAAUUGAUGGAUUCAGUGAAAGCGAAGAUCAAUAUAGGUUCUUGUCUCUUCAUUGUUUUCUCUUCCCGUACUUCAGUUUUUGUCCAAGACGGAGGUAAAAAUGAAACACAAUUAUAUAGGGUGGACUUCUAAACUAAAAAAAUGCAAUAUUGGAUAAAAAAUGUGUUCAUCAAAUGUAAGUUUGUCAACACUAAAGAAGGAUUCACUCAUUUUAUUAUUCCAAUUAACAUAAAAAAGUAAAACAUCUUGCGAAAAUGGAGAUUUACACGUAUAUACUCAAGUUGUUUUCUAAUUCUGAUAAGAGAAGCGAUAGAUAUCUGUUGACAUUCUUCGUCAACGAAGCUGCUGUAUAAAAAAAUUUUGUCGUUUUUUAAUGUAAUAAAAACAAAUUGUUUUUCAAAAUUUAUCUAGUGAGUGACACAAAUUUGUCAAAAUGAAACCCAAACAUCAAAAAAUAAGUUAGAUAGACCUAAAAACGAAAACAUAUAUUCAAAAAAGUAUUAAUCAUACUAACACGUCAUAGUACAGAAUUUUCAAACACAAAGUCAAGCGGUUUUAAUACAAAGUCGAAAGCUUCCAAAUUAUAAUUUACGGUCAUUUUCUUUGUGUCAUAUUUACAGAUCACCAUAAAGCACAUUGUUUUGUAGCUCAUAUAAUUAUAAUGCCCUUCAUUCAGCAAUUCUUCAACUUCAACAAAAGUUUCUGGAUUGCUUGAUGUAACGCUUUUUGACUUGAGAAACUCAUCCCUCUUCCAUUAAUAACAGAUACUCAUAUUUUGAUGUGCUCUGCAAAACUACUGUGCUGUUUAUUUAUACCUAGUACUAGCUUAGUUCAAAUUUCACUGUCGAGGUGGCCGUUGCAGUCACGCAUGUAUGACUACAACGUGGGUUAUGCAAGAUAACUUUGGAACUAAAUUGUCAUAAUAAGCAAUUGCAAUUCUAUUUACGAGUUUGCUUUCGUACAUCUGUAGUAUCAUCGUGCAGACAAUUUUGUCAUGUCUAGUUUGGCAUGAUAUGAUGAACCACUAUCUCCAACUAUUUAUCUUAUAAUCAAACAUCGAUCUUCUAAAAAUUCCUAAUAUGUAUUUAUUAUCGGUUGUGGAUGAACCAGCUGCAUCUUCUUUUGUAUAUAACAUUUAUACUAACGAGACUAUAAUUUCAUUAUUUCAUAUGAUGCUACAGAUUUCCCUAAUUUAUCCUUCAACAUUUCGUUAAUUUCCGUUGAAAUUUAAUCUUUUUAACGCAAAUACUUAAUCUCCGUACGUUGCUCGACACAGUAGUACACAGUGGGAAACAAUUUUGAAAUUGCUAGUUUUUACACAACGAGAAAUUUUUUUAUACAAAUUUUAGUGAAAAAUGUCUUACAUUAAGUCACUCUAUAUCUUAUGAUAUCUUAUGAAGUGGUUGAAAUUGUAGGAAUUUUAGUCAGUUAGACAGUUUAAAAGAAACCUAUCAUUAUAUUUCAUUUCAAUAAAAUCUUUCAGUUGAUUUAAGAAUAGAACGAACAAGGUUAGUCAGUGAUCGCCUUAUAGAGAUAGUGUACAGGGUAUCUUCACUUUUUCAACAAAUAUCAUUUUGAAUAUUACGAGGUAUAUCAAUAAAACUUUUAUUGUUUCGUCUCGUAGGGAGAAUAAAUCUUUUCUGUUGUAAAAAAUGGUCUACAUGUCAAGAUUUACUCAGACUUUCGCUGAGGACGAAGUAUACAAAAACUGAAGUGCACUGCUCAACCGUUGUUUUUUGUGUUCUGUAAAAAGUUUUGUUACCGAAAUUUCAGUUUUUAACAAUUUUAAGAAUAAGUGAUCGUGAAAUUUGCGGGUAUUUAGUAACAAGAACACUAAUUGUGAACUUACAGUUUUGCUAUUCAAUUUCGUGCAUGAGUUCUUAAGUCAAGUACUUCAUUGAACUGUCUAAAGCAUCUUCUAAUAAUUUAUUCUCUCAUAUCACUGCGAUAGCAGCGCUAUCGCUGAUGGAAACAGAAACGGAUCUUACAUUACGAAUAUACCUUGUAUACUGAAAAAAAGCUUAAAUAGAUUGAUUUGGAAUUUGAGAGAAAAUCGUAUUUUGUUUUCAUUUAAACGCAAUAGAUUAGAAUUCCUACAAAUCUAUAUAUUAUAUUAAUGUCUGUGAUGUUGUACAUAUAUUAAAAAAAUACACUAUAUAUAUAUAUAAAACUUUUUGAUAUAUUAUGUUGAUUUUGUAAUAUUUUUUAGGCUAGUCUAUAUAUGCAAUAUAAAAAUAUAUUAAUCUGCUUAUUUUGAUUUAUUUUGCAAUUAAUAUCAUGUUCAUGAUGAAUAAUCAUGUAAUUAUUGUACUCAGAUGUGUCAGAAAAUUCAAAAUUAUCAAAUUGCAUCAAGUAUUAUUGCUAUGAUCAGUUUAACACACGUUUCCGAGAAAAAUUUGUUUAGUUUUGUUCCAAUUUCUUUUUGGUUGGUUGAAUAUAUGCGGAUGUUCCCAGAAGUAUCUAGCCCAACGAAGAAAACUAAAAAUUUAAAAAAAAAUAUAUUUAUUUUUCAACGUAAUCUCCUUUUAACUCUCUACACUUUUCCCAGCGAUGUUCAAUAAGUUCGAUACCUUUUUUAUAAUAAGAAUCAUCAAGCUCCUCAGAAUAGCCAUUGACUACCGAUAUCACUUCUUCACUGUUGGAAAAUCUUUAACCACCAAGCCAUUUUUUCAAGUCUGGAAACAGAAAAUAAUCUUAGGGGGCUAAAUCUGGCUAAUAGAGUAGCAAUUCAAACUCAAAUUCUAAAUAUAGAUUACAAUCACAGGCUUCAUUUUUCUGAGAAAAUCGGUGUAGAGAGUGAUUCUUUCAUGUGUUCUAGUAAUGAUAACAUUUUCUUAUACUGUCGCAAUAUCAUAAAAUGUUUCUUCCUUCUGUUUGCUUUAAAAUUAUGACAAUAAUAUAACUUAAUUAUAACACUUAUUGACGAAUUGAUGUUGUUUAGCAAAAAUGAUGCAUCAUCUUAUUUAAAUUUUAUUUCUCUCUUUAUAUCUAUCAUUUUUCUAGUCCAAUACAUCGACAUUUUGAGUGUAACUGACAAUUGUACAGUACAAUAUUUUUGUAUAUUUUAUAUAUUUUAAUUGUGAUAUUUUCCAGUUAUAACAUCUCGAAAUUUCAAAAAUACUGCAUUUAGUAAAUUUUUUAAAAUUGUGACAAAAUAGCAACAAGUUUAUAUCUGAAAUCAUCGGUAAUGUAAAUUAUUUGCAUGUAGUUUCUUGUAAGCGUUUGUAUACAAACUUCAAUAGAUAAUUUUCACACAAUAUCUUAUAUUUUAAAUAUGGUGCAAUGUUAAUACAACUUUUCUACACAAUGCAAUUGCUCAAAAACUUCAUAUACAAUGUAUCCCAGAUAGAUGGAACUACUCUUAUAAGGUGCAAAAAAUUCUCUAUUUCAAUUUUUGUUUUUGGAAAUUUAAUCCUGCUUGAAAGAUUAAUUUCUAACAUAAUUUAUGUUUUGGAAAAUCAAGUAUAUCGCGGAAACUCUCCAAAAAUCUAUUUUUGUUGUAAAAAUGUAUGUGGAAAAUAUGAAAUAAAGUUAUUGACUUAUUUUUACUGGCUCAGUACUAAUUAGGGAUAAUUAAAUGAAGGUAUAUCACAUUAAAUGCUAGGCUGUAAGUAUUUGUUGUUUUUUCGGAAUGUGUUCUUGAUACUAUCCGUUAUUGUAAACUCUGGUGGUCUAGCAGCUCAACAUCUCACACUCAUUCUCCCAAACCAUCUUCCAUUAAAUUGAUGAUUAAGCUAAUCAGUAAUCCUUGUGUAGAAUGAGCCCAGCAACCGUUAUGCUGGUAGAAAUGAGUUUAUCAAAUAUUUAUAGGAAGGUUGUCAAUGAAUCUUUGCAGAAUUUGUAAGUGAGUAUGAUGUAUCAACGUUCCUUCAAUUAGAAAAGCUUUGAUGAUUCGUAUCUCUUAUAGUGCGGCACACCCAACAUUUACUUUUUUUGAAAAACUGCUUUCCUGCUGAAGAUGUAUAAAAACUUCUAUUUUCUGGAAUUAGCUCCUCUUAAGAAAAACAAAACUUGAUUCGUCACCUUCUACUGAAGUAUGACAAAUUUUGUUUUUGCACGGAAACAUUCUGUUUACUUUAUAAACUCUCUAUAAAUGUACUUUACUUUUAUUUGUAAUUUCGCUUCGAUUUCUAAACAACACUUAAUAAUCUGAAUUCAUUGAAUUUAUAGUAACUAAGGCAUCAGUUCCAUCCUAAAUUUUUGUGUCUUUUUUAAUGUAGUAAGAUUAAACUUCAAGCGCACUUUUGUUCACUGCAGUAUUUGUGAGCAAAAUUUAAAAUUAUAGUGGAUCGUUGAUUUUCAAAUUUGCUAGAAGGAUCUAAAUGUCGAUUCUAAAUAACUUAUCACCAUAAAUAUUACCACAUAAAAGGCAUUUUACUAUCGAAACUUAAUUUUUAAAAUCGAAAAUUAAGUUAAAAAGUAAUAUUUAAUCAAACAGAACUGAACUCGUUCCACCUAUCUGAAGAUAAAGUAUAGAUUUUAUUUAUAAAACACUAUUUUGUAAAAAUAUGUAUACAUUGUAGGGAAAGUAGGGUUGAGGAGAACCGUCUCAUAUAGGAGAAAACUAACGUGUAACAAAAAAACUCUUCAGAAUGGCGUUUGUGUAGAUACAGGGUAUCCGUUAUCGUUGGGACUAAAGUAGUGUCAGUAUAAUUGAAAACUCGGAUGAAUUGCUGUGAGAGUGAUUUUUUAAUGUUUCACUCACUAAACUUAUUGUUCUCUAGAUCCCAACUUUAACAACUUAUAGUUUUUACUAUAAAAUUUAUCCUGAUACUAUUGUGAGACGCUUUUCCUGACCUUUGUAUAUUCUAUGAAAUUUUUAUAAUUGUUUGUAAAUAAAUUUUUGUUAAAUAA